AUGACCGACUCGAAUGUAGCCUCAGCCGUCGUGCUGCCCGGCGCGACUCCAUCGUCACCACGUCGCUCGNNCCCUGACCGAUCGCAAACUCCAGAAGUACGCGCCGGAGAAAAGCGUCGCCGGUCAUCUGGUCCCCAUGAUUCUCCUAAGCGACAGCGCAUCUCGCCAUCGCCCGACCAAUCCAGAAACGAUGAACAUGCACCACCAACUCGCGAAAGACGACCUGCCAAGCCGAUCGAUGAGAAGAAGCGCACUCAGAGGCUAUUUGGUGGUCUACUAGGUGGAUUGGGUCAAACAAGGCCGGUCAAUUCGCAGGCAGCCAAACGACGAGCGGAGCAGGAAGAACGACGCCGCCAGAAAGAGCAAGAGCUUAGCGAGCGCCAGACAGAACGACUCGAGCUUCUCAAUGUCGCACGNAAAAAGGAGCAACGGAAAGUCGAUGAAGCCAGCAUGCGUAUCAAGCAUGAGAGCAUGAAGGCCAUGUCAAACUUCUUGACUACUUCGACUGAGCCCAAAUUAUAUUUCAAACCAUGGGAACUGCUUCCGGAACAAGAGGAUCAGAUCAAUCGCCAACGUGAAGACGUUGACGUUCAGAUAGAUCAGGAACUCGACGACUUCGAUCAAGUUCGUCAAAGCUGGCAGAACGAGGACGCCAAUGGACACACCGAUCACAAAGACACCGCCUCUGCAGACGAGCAGGAAGCACGCAAUGGCACGAAUCAUGCCACUGCCUCGGUGNNACCGAGCAAGCAAACGAUCAAGACCAAGACGCGGUUGCAGAUCCUGAGACGGGACCAGCUACCAUGA